AACAGAGUGCCAAGUUUAAUUGUACUAUUACCUGGAGUAAUUGAUCUACUUUAUGAAAAUUACUGCUGAAAUCGCUCCUAUUAACCUAAUAACUCUUUGAAUUUUAAAGGCCAAUUUGCGAAUGAAUUUUGCUAAGCCUUGCAUCAUUAAAUGAUUGGAAUUAGAACUGAACAUACCAUAAAGCACUAUGUCGACAAUUGAGGACUAUGAUCUACGCAAUGCCUUCAAAAUCGAACGAAAACUUCUCCUCCUCUGUGGUAUCUACCCUAACGAGGGUAGGAUCAACAAAAAACUGUAUAACUUAUCAGCAUUUUGUCACAUAUCUUUCUCUUUAUUGAUAACGUUGUCCAUGGUCAUUUUUCUUGCUAUGAACAUGAAGAAUAUACUAUCUGUAGUAGAAGCUUUAUUAUUUCUGGCUACACAAAUGGCUUUUCUUUGCAAACUGUUCAACGUGCUAAACAAAAAACACAAGCUUCUAGAAAUAGAAGAUAUAUUAGCUAACCCUGCUUUCUAUGGAUAUCCCAAAGAAAAGAGACAUUUGAUUGAAGACUCUGUUCGCUUCACAAAGAUAUUCGGAAUGUGUUAUAGAUCGAUUUGUACUGUGGUUUCCAUAACUUACGCUAUUUUCCCACUUAUGGAUGAUGACGAGUGGGCACUGCCUUUGUCAGGCUGGAACCCUAUCCAAAUAGACACUAAGUUCAAAUACUGGACAAUUUUUACCUUUCAGUGGGUGUCUUACUACAUGAGUGUCUAUAUCAACUCUGGUAUAGACAUCUUGAUUUACAUAUUGAUCACUGUUGUUACUUCCCAAUUUGAGAUACUGAAAGACAAUCUGACCAAUAUAAGAUAUGAGACAGACACAGCUAAAAGGGACUUUGCUAAGAACGUUGUUCUGCAUUAUGGAAUCUUGAAGCUUGUACGUGUCAUCGAAGAUACCUUUUCGUAUGCCACGUUUUUCCAAUUUUUCUCAAGCGUGGUAGUCAUUUGCUUCACAGGAUUUGAAAUGAUGAUAGUUCCACCGAACAGUAUCCAGUUCAUUUCUAUGUGCACGUAUUUUAACGCUAUGAUCUUUCAAGUGGCUAUGUACUGCUGGUUUGGUCAUAGCAUCAUUGCUAGUAGUGACAAAAUAAAUGAUGCAAUCUACAUGUCCAACUGGUACGAGGCAGAUCUCAGUUUGAAGAAGUCUAUAAUGAUUUUCAUGGAGAAAUGUAAAAAACCAGUUGUUUUAACAGCAGGGAAAAUAUUCCCUCUGUCGUUGGUAACCUUUACUAGCAUCAUGCGAUCGUCUUAUUCCUAUUUAGCCGUUCUACAAAGUAUGUACGGACAGGAAUAAUGGUUUUCAGCAGGAUAAGUCAUGUUAGAAUUCUUAGAUAAGCACAACUAGAACAGACAAGCA